AUUUCAGCUCGUCUUUUUCUCUAAUCGUUGUUUAGUAAGAUCGAGUAAAAUAACGAGAAAAUUCGAGUAGUGUUUUCGUUGUGGGAUAAAGUGUAAUUAUUUUGUAAAAAUUUACACUUGCGCGCAACCGUUCAUAAUGCAGAUAAUGUUUGAACGAUAAAUAUGACGUGAUUUAGAUAAAAUCUGAUUGAAUGAAUCAAUAUAACCUCGUUCCGCAACUUUUGUUGUGCUUUGUUGAGUGAAUCGAGCGGUAAAACGUGUCCAGAAUGGCGGUCGGCUCGACGAAAGUUGUUCAGGUGACUAACAUCGCACCUCAAGCUACCAAGGACCAAAUGCAAACUCUUUUCGGAUAUCUCGGCAAAAUUGAAGAUAUCAGAUUAUAUCCUACGAUCAGAGACGUUGCCGUACCCGUACAGUCACGCAUAUGCUAUAUCAAGUUCCACGACCAGGGCUGUGUUGCUGUGGCGCAGCACAUGACUAACACAGUCUUCAUCGACCGUGCACUUAUUGUAAUCCCUUACCAAAAUGGAGAUAUUCCGGAUGAACAACGUGCUCUAGAACUAACCAACAAUGGCACAGUUGUGCCAGGUCUCUACCCAUCAGAACCAAAACUGCCACCAAAUGUGGUGAAUGCCAUCGAAGGUAUCCCUCCAAAUCAUGUCAUCACUACUAUGGAUCCCAAGCUGGAAGCGAAUGGAUUGCCACCUUAUCCACACCUGCCAGGCCAUUUGGAUAGUAGACGUAUUGAGGAGAUUCGGCGGACACUGAUAGUGGCGAAUCUGGAUGCGUCUGUGAGCGCUGAGCAGCUAUUGGAAUUCUUCAGCAACAACAAUGUGGAGAUCAAGUACCUGCGUAUGUGCAGCAGGGACUCGGAUACUGAACAUUAUGCGCUAGUGGAGUUGUCGGAGCAGGGUGCUGUAGUUGCUGCACUGUUGUUGAAUGGCAAAUCGCUGGCGGAACGUCCGAUUAAGAUCUACCACUCGACCCAGGCAAUUGCGAAGCCGGAGGCGAAGAGUAACGAGGCCGCACAGAAGGAGAUCGAGGAGGCAAUGUCGCGGGUGAAGGAAGCGCACAAUCUCAUCUCGGCGGCGAUCGAUCCUAUGAUCGGCAUGCUCUCCAAAGAUAAGCGCAGUAGAAGUGGCUCGCGCAGUCGGAAGUCCCGUUCACGCUCGCGCGGCCGCAGCCGGCGCUCCAGAUCGCGCAAAAGAUCGCGGUCACGCCAUCGACGCUCGCGAUCUCGUCAUCGUUCGCGCUCUAAACGUUCUCGAUCGAAGGAGCGCCGGCGCAGCUCGCCAUCGCGACGACGCAGCGGUUCUCGCAGCCGCCACAGAUCACGUUCCAGAUCACGUCGAUCAAGAUCACGUCGAUCACCGUCCAGAUCGAAGGAGCGGAAAAAGAGAUCGCCCCGACGUCGUAGUCGCUCACGUUCACGUAGCAAACGUUCCAAGUCGAGAUCUAGACGCUCGCGUUCUAAAUCCAAGUCCAGGUCGUCUAAAUCCAAGUACUCUGAUAAAUCUAAGGACAAGGACCGGGAAAGGCGCAGUAAGGAUAAGUCGGACAACGGUAAGAAGAGCGACAGCGAUCGGGAGAGGCCCGAGAAAGAGAGCAAGAGUGAGAAAAAGAGGUCCAGCAAGGAGAAAAAAUCCAGCGACAAGUCAGAGUCGAAAUCGGAGGAGAAGGGCAGAUCCGCUUCGGAGAGCAAUGACAGCAAAGAGAAGACUGCCGAAUCGGAGAAUUAAAUGGGACAGGUUAUGCGACUUGACGAAGUUUCAUUCAAUAAUUUCGUCAGUUUCUGAAAAUCUUCAUUUAUCUUUAUGUAUUGAUACAGUAACAAAAAAGAAGAAAAAAAUAUACAACUUCACAUCAUUUGAGAGCUUCUUCCUUUCGGAUGCGAUGAUCCAUUCGCUCGUUGAUAACUAGAAGCCAUCGUCAAUUACUGGCUGGUUGUCGCUUAGGCUUUUGGCUUUGUUCGCUUCUUUCUCGGGACAGGCGGCGGCUUGAUAACGUCGUCGCUUAUUUCUAUCAUAGGUGCUUUGGAUGGCCUUUAAACAAUCGUGAGAAACAGUGUGCUAUGAUAUGCGAUUUAAUUGUAGCGUGUGUUUUAGUCUAAUAUAUAGAAAUUUAUUGCAUAUAUGUGUAAUAAACUUCUAUACAUAAAUAUAAAUCAGUUUUAAUGUAAUACAUAGAAUAAAGGCAAAAUUAUCGAGAGUUUA